AUGAUUUCACUCAAGUUCCUGGUGUUGUUUUUUGUUGCCAUCACUCUCAGCCCCGCCCGUGCCCAAGCAGAUUCCCCAGACGUGGAAGUGGAGCACGUUCAUGAGCAUGAAGCUCGCGAGCUCCAAAAUCCCAAGGACUAUGAAAACGGCGUGUAUCGCUUCGACGAGCCGAUUCUCACCGGGUUCGAAUGUGGUUGGCAAGCAGUUCGCCGGCUCAAGCGGGGGCAAAAGGGCGGAGACAAGCAUUGCGAAGAAUUCUAUAGCCAUGUGACAAAAAAAGGACUCAUGUAUGACGUAUCAGUCAUCUGUGACUCAGGGUACGCGCCGUGGGGUGAACAGCCCAACAAGUUGGGUCUUCAACUCAAUACAACGCUGGUCAACGCGAGAAAUACGAAAGAGCAGAGGAUUAAAAACUCCCGAGUGAGGGUGGUAUACCCGGAGGGAGGAUUCCAAUUCUUCGAUGUUGACAUGAUCGCUCAAGGCAUUGGACGUGGAGAUGCCCAGAUUGGGUGGAAAGGAUUCCGUUGUCGAAAAGUCAAUUUCGACGCUGCUUGA